CAUGUACAGGCCAGCGUGCCACUGGGUGCGUUGCAAGGGAGUCCACCUUCCUCACAAUGCGGUGGCCGGAGGCAAGGACAAGGGAGACGAAGUGACGUACGUCGGCCGCGCACUCCACGAAGGCAACCUGUUGCCGGGGAAAGUGGUUCCAUCCAGCGGCAUCUGUUACUUCGGCUUCGACGGAAAAGAGCCUUACACGAAGGAUUACCAGGCUCUGGUCUCCGAUGGUGCUUCUCUUGACUGGCUGCCCGGAUCAGGUGGCAAAUUGCCCAGUGGAGCGGUCCAGGGAGGCGUCAGCGCCAGCGGAGAGCCUCUGUACGUCGGACGUGCCAGUCGCGAGGGUCUGUUGGUCAUCGGCGCGGUUCAGCCGUCCGAGAAGUGCUUGCUGCUCCCUUUCGACGGCAAGGAGCACAGGCACACCAACUACGAAGUCCUAGUCUGCAAGACAAUCAACUUCUGAGAAAGAAGCAAGACGACUCGAAGGAGGAUUGCGCCACCGCUGAAGCAAUCACAGAUGAGUGCGAGAGAUGACCGACAGCCGAUUUCUUUGGCGAUAGCGAGCGCAGCGAUGUGGGCAGGAUCUUCUCUCUCUCUCUUUCUUCUUUCUGUUUUGCUAAGUCGACAGCAGUUACAAGCACCAGGAAAAUAACCGAGAAUCAGAAACGAAAGACUGAGUAGCAAUAUAUUUCUGUGGAGCACAAACGCCUUUGUUAUUCGUUAUCUGACUUCCGAACUAGCGACGAUCACUUAGCGAUAAAUGCGACGGAAAGCGAGGGCGUAGAUAAAUGAAUACCAUACUGGCUAACCACCGUUCCGUAAUCUUCACUGAAUAUAGACGGUUGAAAUUAAAUACUGAACACAUGUUCUUUAUCGCAAAUAAAAGAAACUGCGAGCAAACUCGUUGUCUUCUUCAACG